AUUUUAAGCUUUGAAUCUCGUUAUUCUGGAGUACCUUUUCUAUAUUAUGUGGUUAAUACUACUACAUUAAUAUUUCUUUAUCUAUGAUGGAUAUUAUAAUAAAAGUAAACAAUCAGUCAGUGGGAAGAGACAAAAUAGCCAGGUUGUUGCAAUAUACAAGUCGGCUAGUUUGGCAUCAGCUUGAAUCCAGAAAUGCUAAUAAGUAUUCUGUUGACAGAGUAAAAAGUUUAGAAAAUACUCUAAGCUCAUUUAGAAAAGUUCUUCGACUCGGACGGUGUGUGGAUAUUUUCUAUACUGCACUUAGCACCAUACAUAUUGAAGAUCCCAUCCUGCGUUUUACUCUAACAGCAAGUAAAUUAGCGCAUGCUUUAUACCUUUACGCAGACCACAUAGUAUGGUUAUCAAAAAAUGGCUUUCUAAAGUCUGAUUCAAAUGGCUGGAGUCUGACUGCAAAUAGAUUCUGGCUGUUAUCAAUAAUUGCAAACUUAGCAAGAGAUUUUUAUGAAAUUCUACAUGUUUUAGAUUUUAAAAAAUCCAUGUUUCUAAAACCUUCAGACUUAGUAAAUGUUUCUGUGAGAAAUUUCGAUUUGAAUUCUAGUUUAAAACACCUUUACGCCAUUUUAAAUUGUCAUAAAGAUAUAUUUGUUGAUACUGCCAAGAAUUCUUGUGAUUUAUUCAUUCCAUUGACUGCAUUAGGAUAUACAAAAUUAAGUCCAAGCACAGUCGGGGUGUUGGGAGCUCUGUCAUCUCUUGCUGCCUUGGUUACUUUAGUUAAGCCUAUCACAAAAUUAGUGCCAUCUUGAAUUAACCGUAUACAUAACAAGGAAAAACUGACAUCUUUUAUAAUUUUAUUGUUGGUCAACUUUCAUAAAUUUUAUGUAUGUGAUAUCAGGUGGUGGCAGGUUGAUAUUGAUACUGGGAUUUUUAAGUAACAAAUAUUGUCUUAUUGUUUUUCUUAAUAUUGUAACAAUUAUUUCUGAAAUUGCAAACAAUUUAUCACAAAUGAUACUUAUUUAAAUUGAGGUAAAUGUUGUAGACCUACCUACCAUUUUUGAAUCGAUGUCAGAUACUGUUGUUAUUGUACAUUUGAAAUUGAAACUUAAUUGCCUUAAAUUUGUAUGAUUAAGAAAUAUAGUCAGUUAC